ACCUAGCUUAAAUCAUCCGGAGUACCUUGUCCCAACUGUCACUGAUAAACAAAUAAAGAAUUUUGAUUAAAUAAAGAUUGGUCGGCUAAUUCACGCAGAAAUCGUCGAAAGCAAACGGGCAAGAUGGCACGAAAUGCGGAGAAGGCUAUGACAACUUUGGCACGGUGGCGAGCAGCUCAAAGUGGAGAAGGAAUUCGAAAGGAACAGGAGCGAAGACCUUACCUAGCUUCAGAAUGUCGUGACUUGAGAAAGGCGGAGAAAUGGAGGAUGCAAAUAAUCAGAGAGGUUGCCAAGAAAGUUGCCCAAAUUCAAAACGCCGGUCUUGGUGAAUUUCGGAUAAGAGACUUGAACGAUGAGAUUAAUAAGUUGCUCAGGGAAAAACGACACUGGGAGGCUCAGAUCAAGGAACUCGGAGGACCUGAUUAUUCACGUGUCGGGCCGCGUAUGCUGGAUCACGAAGGGCGGGAGGUACCAGGUAAUCGUGGUUACAAGUACUUUGGAGCAGCUAAGGAGCUUCCUGGUGUCCGGGAGUUGUUUGAGCAAGAACCUCCACCGCCACCCCGAAAAACUCGUGCAGAGCUGAUGAAAGACAUAGAUGCGGACUAUUACGGGUACAGGGAUGACGAUGACGGUAUUCUAUUGCCGCUCGAAGCCCGAGCUGAGCAAGAAGCCAGGGCUAGAGCGGAAGAAAAUUGGGAAGCAGAAAGCGAAAAGAGGAACGAGGAGAAAAAGGCAGAAGUAGAAAUAACUUCCCAGAGAUCGAUACCCUCACAGGCGGACAUACAGGAAGCUCUGUUGGCACGUAAAAAACAAGAAUUACUUGAGAAAUAUGUAAUUUAACAUUUUUUUAUUCAUAUCUAUCAUGACUAGAUUAGGGAAUUAUCAACAAUUGUCAAUCUUCUCAUCACCACUUUGUAUUUAUUAUAUUCUGGAGUAAACUUUUAUAAAACCCGA